AUGUCUGAUUGGAAGAAACAUAAUACUACUUUGAAAAUACUUAGGUUCGCUCAGGAAGGCCAGUAUGGUGUGCUUUCUACAAUUGCUUACACUCUAGACCAUGUUAUUGCGAUGAUUAGAGCAGCAGAAAACAAAAAUUCGCCAUUGAUUAUCCAGAUGUUUCCAUGGGUCAUUAGUCAUUCCAAUGGAGACUUGGUGAAAUGUGCUUCAAUGUUGGCAAAAAAGGCUAAAGUUCCUGUGGCUAUUCAUCUUGAUCAUUGUCAAGAUCCUGCAAUCGUAAAGCUUGCUGCUGAAAAAUUACCAUUUGAUUCAAUAAUGGUAGAUAUGUCACAUUAUGAGAAAGCUGAUAAUUUGGCAAGAACCAAGGAACUUGUCCAAUUAUGCAACAAAUAUCACAAGGCAACUGAAGCUGAACCAGGAAGAAUUGAAGGUGGUGAAGAUGGAAUAUGUGACACAACCGAACUUGAGGGAAUAUUAACUACCCCUGAGGAAGCAGAGUUGUUUUUAGAAACAGGAAUUGAUAUCUUAUCUCCAGCUUUUGGGAAUUUGCACGGAAAUUAUCCUUCAGCCGGACCAAACUUGAGAUUCGACAUUUUAGAAACAUUAGCUCCUAAAGUGGAGGAGAAAAAUGCCUUACUUUGUCUUCAUGGAACAAAUGAUUUCACUCCAAAAUUGAUACAUGAAAACAUUUCAUUCAAAAUGUCAAAAAUAAAUGUGAACAAGCUUGUUUUAGAUACACAUUUGAAGUAUUUUGAAGAAAAUGCAUCAAAGUUGCCAUUAACUGACCUACUUGAUAAAAGUAAUGAUUUAUUAGUCGAAAGGUUAGAGUACUGGAUGGAUGUGUUUGGUUCAUCAGGAAAGGCCUGA